AAUUUCGGAAAUUGAAUUAACUGAGAGCUUUAUAAAGAAACGAUAUAUAUUUUUUUAUUAAAAGAAUCCCCAAAAUCUUCUUCACAAAGACACAAACCAAAGAUUCCUUGCACUACUAGUCUCUCUCUCUCUAUCUCAAGGUUAUGAUUGUGGAUUGUGUUUGGUGGUAAUGGGAAAAGGUAGAGCUAAGGCAGUAGAGAAAAGGGUUUUAGAUCAGAAGCUGAGAGGAUCGGUCAAUGUCCCGUCUGGACCUGUUUAUUACCCGACCGAAGACGAAUUCAAAAACCCUCUAGAUUACAUACACAAGAUCAAGCCAGAGGCAGAGGCUUACGGGAUCUGCAAGAUUGUUCCACCGAAAAGCUGGAAACCGCCUUUCGGUUUGGACAUGGAGUCUGUCAGGUUUCCGACAAAGACGCAGGAGAUUCACCGGUUGCAGUUCCGUCCCGCUUCUUGCAACUCCAAGACGUUUCAGCUGGAGUACGGGAGGUUUGUGGAGGAGCAGUUAGGGAAGAAGGUGAAGAAGAAGAAGAGGGUGGUGUUCGAAGGGGGUGAUUUGGAUCUGUGUAAGGUGUUUAAUGCGGUGAAGAGGUUUGGGGGUUAUGAUAAGGUUGUCAAGGGGAAGAAAUGGGGUGAGGUUUAUCAGUUUAUGAGCUCUGGUGAGAAGAUCUCCAAGUGUGCUAAGCAUGUUUUGUGUCAGUUGUAUAAAGAGCAUUUGUAUGAGUUUGAGAAGUAUCACGGGAUGAUGAGUGCGGAUCCUUCUGCAAAGGGUCACAAAAGGAAUCGACGGUGUUCUGAGCUCUCUAGCUCGAAGAGAAGGAAAAGAAAUGCUGACGUGAAAAAUCAUAAGGUGGAAAGUGAAGAAGAAGAGGUUGAUCAGGCAUGUGAGCAGUGCAAAAGUGACAAACAUGGUGAAGUGAUGCUCUUGUGUGAUAGUUGUAAUAAAGGUUGGCAUAUAUACUGUCUCUCGCCGCCGUUGAAGCAUAUCCCGCCUGGGAACUGGUAUUGCCUUGAUUGCUUAAACACUGAUGAAGACACUUUUGGGUUUGUGCCCGGUAAAUGCUUGUUACUUGAAGAUUUCAAGCGCAUUGCUGAUCGCGCCAAAAGGAAGUGGUUUGGUUCAGGGCCGGUGUCUAGGACGCAGAUUGAGAAGAAGUUUUGGGAAAUAGUAGAAGGGUCAGGUGGUGACGUUGAAGUUAUGUAUGGUAAUGACUUGGAUACUUCUGUUUACGGGAGUGGUUUUCCUAGAAUAGGUGAUAGAAGACCAGAAUCAGUUGAGGCAAAUGUUUGGGAUGAAUAUUGCCAUAGCCCUUGGAAUCUCAAUAACAUGCCUAAGUUGAAAGGAUCUAUGCUUCAGGCCAUUCGGCAUAACAUCAAUGGUGUUACAGUGCCUUGGCUAUAUCUUGGAAUGCUCUUCUCUGCUUUUUGUUGGCAUUUUGAGGACCAUUGUUUUUACUCUGUGAAUUAUCACCACUGGGGAGAAGCAAAAUGUUGGUAUGGUGUUCCAGGCAGUGCUGCUAGUGCUUUUGAAAAGGUCAUGCGAAAAGCCCUACCUGAUCUCUUUGAUGCUCAGCCAGAUUUGCUCUUUCAACUGGUUACUAUGUUGAGUCCGGCUGUUUUGCAAGAAAAUAAAGUCCCUGUGUACACAGUAUUACAGGAGCCUGGAAACUUUGUGAUCACGUUUCCAAAAUCCUUUCAUGCUGGAUUCAAUUUCGGUUUGAAUUGUGCAGAGGCCGUCAAUUUUGCCACUGCCGAUUGGCUACCUUAUGGUGGUUAUGGUGCGGAGCUGUAUAGGCUGUACCGUAAACCUGCAGUCAUAUCUCAUGAAGAGCUUCUCUGUGUGGUAGCUAAGGGAAACAGCUGCGAUGGCAAAGGAUCAAUAUAUUUGAAGAAAGAACUGCUCAGAAUAUAUAGCAAGGAAAAAACUUUGAGAGAGCAGCUUUGGAAAAGUGGUAUUUUGAGAUCCUCUCCUAUGUUUCUACCUGAAUGCCCUGAUUCUGUGGGCAUCGAAGAGGAUACAACAUGCAUCAUCUGCCAGCAGUUUCUCCAUCUUUCUGCUAUCGUCUGCAGCUGCAGGCCAUCUGUUUUUGCAUGCUUGGAGCACUGGAAGCACCUUUGUGAAUGUGAACCUACAAAACUGCGCCUGGUAUAUCGGUAUACCCUUGCCGAGUUGCAUGGAAUGGUACAAGAAGUUGAAAAGUUUGGUGACUGCAAAACUCAAGAAACCAAAAAUUCACAACGGCCGAGUUCAGGCACCAAACGGUCAGGUGCUUCUAACAAAAAGCAGGAGGGGAUGCAAGUUUGCCAGGCACGACCAGCUGAAGAUUGGCUUCGUCGAGCAUCAAAGGUUCUCCAGGAUGUCUUUUCCAGUGAUGUAUAUGCCACUCUUUUAAAGGAAGCAGAACAGUUUCUUUGGGGUGGAUCAGAAAUGAACCGCGUACGGGAUGUUGCAAAAAGUUUGAUCAAAGCAAAGAUAUGGGCUGAAGCUGUUGGCGACUGUCUUUCAAAAGUCGAAGGCAAAGGCAACAAUGAUACAGAGAAAGUUCACUUGGAGUUCAUCGAUGAGUUGCUGAAAGUUGACCCCGUUCCUUGCUUUCAGUCUGGUUAUCUUAAAUUAAAGGACUUUGCUGAAGAGGCUAGGAAGUUGUCUGAGAAAAUCGAUUGUUCUCUGUCAAGUAGCCCAACGAUCGCCCAGAUGGAGCUAUUGCAUUCCGAAGUUUCCAGUUCACCAGUCUCCCUAAGUAAACACAAGAUCUUGUCAAAGAAAAUAUCUUCCGCGAAGAUGUUAGCUAAAAGGGCGAGAUGCUAUCUUGCCGCUUCAAAACCUCCUGGAAUUGAGUUGGAUGAACUUUUCAAGCUAAAGUCAGAGAUAUUGGAGCUUCAGGUGACGCUUACAGAAACAGAAGGGAUCCUGGAUUUGCUAAAGAAAUCAGAACUAGCCCGUGAUAAAUGUAGCAAAGUUUUGAGUGGUUUUAUAUCUCUCAAGAAUGUAGAAGAUUUGGUUCAUGAAUUCGAUGGCCUUUGUAGCAUUAACAUUCGUGAGCUGAAUAUCCUGAGGCAGUACCAUGUUGAUGCUUUGUCUUGGAUUUCACGCUUUGAUGAUACAAUGGCUGAUGUUCGUGAAGGCAAGGACCAACGAAAGCUAAUCAGUGACCUGAGUUCCCUUCUCCAGGAUGGAGCAUCCUUAGGCAUUCAAGUUGAAGGGCUCCCUCUUGUUGAGGUUGAAUUGAAGAAGGCAUCUUGUCGUGAAAAAGCACAAACGGUUUAUGCUGCAAGAUCGUCUCUGGAUUUCAUUGAGCAGCUGCUCUCGGAAGCUGUUGUACUACAAAUCGAAGAGGAGAAGCUGUUUGUUGAGAUCGCCGGAACUUUGUCUACAGCGAGGUUUUGGGAGGAAAGAGCAAGCAGUAUUCUUGCCAGUGAAACUCAGAUGUCCGACCUUAAAGAACUCGUACAGAUGUCUGUCAACAUUGGUGCCGUUUUACCCUCUCUGAAAGGCAUAGAGAACACCAUUUCGUUGGCUGAAACUUGGCUUCAGAAUUCUGAGCCCUUUUUAUCUGCCGUUUCCUCUACUGCCUCAUCUCCGUGUUCUCUGCUUGAACUUCCUGUGUUAAAGGACCUGGUUGCUCAGUCUAAAUCGCUUGGUGUUCAACUUGAAGAGCCAAGGAUUCUUGAAACAUUACUGCUUAGUUGCGAGAGGUGGCAGUGUGAUAAUCACCCGCUCUUGCAAGAAACUGAAGAUUUGUUGGACACUGCGAAAACAGAUGAUGGCAAGCAUAGCACGAUUCUUCCGAAGAUUAUGGACUUGAUAACCAGAGUGGACUGCGCCAGAACAUCUGGUCUGUCCCUUGGUCUUAAUUUGGAAGAACUUCCCAAACUUCAAACGGCAAGUUUAAAACUAGGAUGGUGUUAUAAGACCAUCUUGUUAGGCUCUAGUUCACCUUCCCCUGAGAUACCAGAAGAUCUAGGAAAGCCCUCGUUACAGAAAAUUCAGCAGCACUUAGAAGCGGGACAAACACUGAAAAUAUUACCUGAAGAGUAUCACUUAGGCAAGAGACUUGUGGAGCUAAAAGACACUGGACAAGAGUGGGCAAAACGAGCUAGAAAAGUGGUGACAGACUCGGGUGCUCUUGCCUUGGAAGAUGUAUUCGAGCUUAUCUCUGAGGGUGAAAAUUUGCCCGUCAUUGCAGAGGAAGAACUUCAGGCAUUACGAGCUCGAAGUAUGUUGCACUGCGUUUGCCUGAAGCCAUACAACUCAAGAUUCAUGGUUUCUUGUAGUCAAUGUGGCGAAUGGUAUCACACCUAUUGUGUUAAACUUCACUGGCGGCCUGAGGCUUAUGUCUGCUUCGCUUGCUGUCCUCCGGCAGAAUCCUCUCCAAAAAACGAUCCCUCCAGAUCAAUGGAGCCAAAGACACCGUCACUUGACCAUAGACGGGCAAGGAGGGUAGUGACCGGUGCAGCAGUUGGUGAUUUGCAGUGGAAAAGCCGUAAACGCAUCAAAAGGGUAGCUAAACGGUGUCUUCAGGUUCAUAUCCUUCCCUGGUUUUUCACUCGAGAACCAAAAUAAACACUGAAAUAUAAAUCAAUUUAAUUUAUUCAUUCAAUUUUAAUAGUUUUUCUCAAGUCAAUUCUUUUUUUGUAAUGUUUCCAUUGGAAUGGAGAACAGAAAAGCUUUUAGACUAUAAAAUUUACCAGAUUAACUUGAAUAUAACGAUUAAAUCUAA